CUCCAAGAAAAAGUAUCAUGCAAGGGGCAUGAGUGUAGAGCAAGGGCUAGAGAGGUGAGUAAGUGAAAUUGGCACGAUGGUGGGGGCAGAUCGGCUAUAGAUUCGUGUUAUGCACUAGGAGGAAAUAAUGUCGGACGCAGAGUUGAUUGUACCGUAGAAGGUUUACCGCCGUGCACACAGAGAUAGGAGACGAGAUGGUCCACAAGUUGCAUUUGGGGGUCUGAUGGUGCCAGCCAGCCAGCGAGAGAGCGAGCGAGCGAGCCAGCCAGCCAUCCGUGCCUGCAGCGCGUCGCUGCAGCUCGGAGCAAAUGAUUUCCAGGACUGGAGAUCUGAGCCACACACACGCCAACACACGCUCCUCUUUGCUGGCGGAGCACUUUUGAUUGAGGUCGCGCGCUCGGGGCUCGCUUCGACAGCUUGCAUACCAAGUCGCUCAUCGUCGUAGCAGCGAGCGAGCAGCAGCGGAAAUCGUCGUUUCUUCUGAGGUGUCGAAACGUUUGAUCCAUGGCUGCCGCCGUCGGGCUCGGUGCCACGGUUACGUGCGUGAAAAACUCGCCAUCAUGUGCUCUUGCUCCCGUGUCUUCCAGAGUUUCGAACUGCCAGCUGCAGAGCUCUUUUUUGGGAAAAGGUCUACCCGACAUUCGUGUUCAGGCCGUGACCUCCAAGAAAGUUUUCCAGUCAAGGACAGGUCUUCUUCAGGUUAGAGCCAAAACUGCAGGUGCAUCGAAGACCUUCGAAACGGAGGUUGACAAGCCCCUUGGUCUCACCCUCGGACAGAAAUCUGGUGGCGGUGUCAUUGUUACUGGUGUCGACGGUGGUGGUAAUGCCGCAAAGGCCGGAAUCAAGGCCGGAGACCAGAUACUAUACACUAGUAGCUUCUUUGGAGAUGAGCUCUGGCCAGCCGAUAAGCUGGGAUUCACGAAGACUGCGAUCCAGGCCAAGCCAGACUCUGUGUACUUUGUUCUCAGUAGGGGAAUAGAAGUCGAUGUGAAGAGACUUCCUAAACGACCUGCACCUCCUCGCUUCGGACGAAGGCUCACUGACGCACAAAAGGCCCGUGCUACCCACGUUUGUCUGGAUUGUGGAUAUAUCUACACCUUGGCCAAGAAGUUCGAAGAUCAGCCUGAGACCUUCCAGUGUCCACAGUGCCAAGCAUCCAAGAAGCGCUUUGCUGAGUAUGACAAGGAAACUGGAAGUGCUAUUGGAGGUGGAGGAACCCCUAUUUCGGUCGUUUUGGGAGUGCUUGCGGGUGCAGUUGCAGUCGGAGCUCUUGCCUUUUAUGGACUCCAAUAAGUGUUCAAAAUUCGGAGUAGAGUAGAGAAGAGCGGCUAGUUUUUCGAGGUUUAUGAAAGUAUAUAUGUAAAGGAGUAACUGCGAUAUCCCAACUCCAAAUGGAGUGAAGAGGUCAAUUGAGAUGUAUAUUACAGGAAAUGUCUAAGAAAUCAGUUUAUAUCCUUUUUGCCAAAUUGACUCUCCGCACGUUGCUGUCCAAGAUUGGUUUACAAUCUUUGGACAGCAACCGAGCACACCAAUAAAUUGGAUCGUACAAAAUUGCCUAU